AUGCCAAUUUCACAGGAUGAGGGGGAAUAUCGGAAUGAUAGACCUGGCGUCUUUUUUUCACAAGGAAGUACAGGUAGAUAUACGCCGCGUGCAAUAUUAAUUGAUUUAGAACCAAGAGUUAUUAACAGCAUUAGGAAUAAGACCAAUGAUUCACUUUUCGAUCCGAAAAACUGCUAUGUGUCUUCAGAGGGUGGCGGUGCUGCAAAUAGAUGGGCCGAAGGAUAUAUGAACGCCGUACAUAACAAAGAGGAGGUUCUGGAUAUGAUAAAUAGACAGCUUGAUGGCUGUGACAAUUGUGAAGGAUUUCAGCUAUUACACUCCGUUGCCGGUGGAACUGGAUCUGGUUUUGGUUCCUUUUUGUUGGAAGAAUUGAGCGAUAACUUUCCGAAGAAAUUGGUGCAAACUUAUUCCGUAUUUGGAGCAUCCGAAGUGGUGGUGCAACCAUACAACACCGUUCUAACGUUGAAAAGAUUGAUCGAACAAACAGAUGCAAACAUAAUUGUGGAUAACCAAUCUUUGAUGUCAAUUGCUUCAAAGAGCUUACAGCUUUUAAGUCCCUCAUUCAAAGAUGCAAAUAAACUCAUAUCUACAGUCAUGUCUGCGGCAACCAACACGCUUCGUUUCCCGGGAUAUUCAUACAACAAUCUCACAAGUAUUCUUUCCACACUCGUACCGACACCUGACUUACAUUUUCUUGUGCCAAGUUAUACACCUUUCUUACCUGAUGACUUGAGCAGAGCCGUUGCCAAGAAAAUACGCAGCAGUACAGCUUAUGACGUAAUAUUAGAGGUUUUGGAUAAGAAGCUAAGAAUGUGCUCGAACAGCACAAAUGCGGGUACAAACAUUUCUGUGUUUGAUAUCAUACUGGGGCAGAGAAAUACGAUAGCAAGCCAGGCAGAAUCUAUACAACGUGCUUUAAUGAAAGCAAAGGAUCGGAUUAACUUUGCCCCAUGGAGCUCAUCAGCAAUUCAUGUGGCAUUUGGCUCAAAACCUGGCGUUGAUGCAGGGAAGUCAUCCGUUCAGGAGGAUUCUAUGAGUGGUCUAAUGCUUGCAAAUUCAACUUCGGUGGUUCCUUUAUUGGUGAAAAUUGCCAACCAGUACGACCAACUUAUGAGAAGAAGUGCAUUUUUAAACAAAUACGUGAACAGUGACUACGAUACAGAGAUUGGUGAUAUAAUGGCAGAAUUUUCUGAUAGUCGAGAAGUACUUCAAGAACAAAUGGACGAAUACUCAAGAAGUGAAACAAUUGAAUACAUCCAAGAGUCGGGCGAUGAGGACAUCGAGGAGAAUGCAAAGGAUGACAGUACAGCCAAUAAUAAAAUUCCUUCAGAAAGUGAGAAACAAGCGCCAAUCACUAAUGAUCCAGAUACCAGCAACGUAAGCAAUCAUAGUAAUACGGAAGAUGCCAACGAGAAUGUUGCUGAUGAAACCGGUCAGGGAGAAAAGGAAGAUGUGGAUAUGCAAUGA